AUGGCCUCGCAAGAAGAAUGUUCGACUUCCGCGAAAGUCGUACGCACAGAACAAAAGGAGAUUCAUACUGUCAGCGGCUCAACGACUGAGGGGACCUGCGAGGAAAUUGCACUGAAGGAACGAUUCAGUCUGUUGAGCACUAUUGGUAUUCAGUUCUCUCUAGCUGCGGCCCCUUUAGCCAUCGGCAGCUAUGCAAACGUUGUUCAAGGCAUCGGUGGUGGUCCGUUCCUAUUCUGGGGAACCCUUGUGGCUUGUGUUUUCCAGACGCUUGUCUGCCUGUCAGUUGCAGAACUUGCGUCGUCGUUCCCCCAUACCCUUGCCAUGUCACACUGGGCUGCACAGCUUGCACCCGUUGGAUGGGAACGUUUCUUCAGCUAUUGGACCGCUUCGGUUACGACAUUACAAACCCAGUGUGACAACGCAGGAUCGUGGUUGCUGACCUCUUACACUAUAUUGGCCACGGUGACGAUUUUCUCCGACCUUGAAUACGAAAGGACCAAUUGGCAGUGCUAUUUGACCAUAUGCGCCUGUGUCGCCGCGUCUUGUGUGGUCAAUCUGACACCGAGGCUUCUUGGAGGAUUCGCCAAGCUCACCACAGUCAUGGUCAUAAUCAUCAACUCUGGCGCUAUUUUUCAGGCAGUUGCACUUCUUGUCCGUGCACAUCCAAAACCGAGUCCAACGACUGUUUUCUUCGACGUUACGAACGAAACUGGAUGGUCCUCUCUCGGAGUUGUCUUCUUCUUCGCCAUGCUCCCUGGAGUUGGAACCGUCGGUGGCUUCAACUACAUCUGCCACUUGACUGAGGAGGUGCCGCGACCUGGGAGAACAAUCCCUAUUGUGCUUGUCAGUGUUGCCUUGUUAGCAUCCGUCACAGUGCUGCUCAUGAUAAUAGUGCUGUUAUUCUGCAUCGUAAACCCGGCGUCUUUGAAUGAUCCAAUUGGAGGUAUGCUCAUCUCACAGAUCUUAUGGGAUGGGUACAGCUCAAAGGUACUAUCUGGGAUCAAUAUGCUUAUAGUUGCUAUUGUCUUCGUUAUUGGGGGCUCCGGGUUCCUCACAUGCUCCAGUCGCAUGUUCUGGACCUUUUCCAAUCAUGGGGGGUUGCCCCUAUCUAGAUGGAUUGGGCGAAUCAACUCUAAGACACAGAUACCUGACGUUGCAGUUCUUUGCACGGCCCUCAUCUGUCUCCUCAUUUGCCUUCUCCAACUGGGCCCAAGCACCGUUCUCAAUGCUAUAUUGGGGUUUAGUUUCCUUUCCGGUGGACUUGGAUACUCUAUUCCAAUCUGGCUCGUCAUCAUUAGGGGUCGGUCACUUCUACCAGAGGAUCGAUACUUUAAUCUCGGUUCCUUUGGCCUUCUCAUUAAUAUCUUGUCCGCCUUGUGGCUACUGAUAUCCUGCAUCUUUUUUGCCUUUCCAAGUUACUUGCCAGUCACUGCCGACAAUAUGAACUACGGAGCACCUGUUUUCUUUGGUUUACUCUCUCUGUUUAUUCCGAAUUGGUUCUUCCAUGGCAAGAAGAACUAUCAUGUACCGGCACCAUUGGAGACCGCAGGGAUUAGCCAUAGGCGCAACCUAGGUUGCGCCUAG